GUAGCUCUUGAUCACGAAACACAUACCGUUACGUAGCUCCCCUUUGCUUAUCACUCGACCCAGUAAACAGCAGCCUCCGAUGCCGCUGCGCUAUCACUUGCACCGACAGUGUUCCUGCUGAGCUGCAAAGUAUCACAAUAUCGUCGCUGCAGUGCACGCCGCGAUUUACGCCGUCGUUCGGUUUCUUCCAACAAAGGCCGGCACCAAUUCCUGGUCCUGCUGUGUCGCACCAUCGUGCUAAAAGUGUCCAACAAAACGAUGUCCCACCCGCGGUGGUUGUUUGUAUCCGCAUUAUUGCUCUGCGUGAAGCUGUGUUUCAGCGUGGAACCGAUUGUGAUUGUUCACGGUGGUGCCGGUACGGUGAGCAGUGACCGGGUACCGGGGAAGCUGCGCGGCGUUUCAACGGCAGCCCAGGUCGGGUACCAGGUGCUGGCCGGGAAUGGCAGCGUACUGGAUGCCGUCAUCGAGGCGAUCCGGGUGAUGGAGGUCGAUAGCUACUUCAACGCUGGCUACGGUUCCGUGCUGAACAUCGAGGGCGACGUCGAGAUGGAUGCGAGCAUUAUGGAUGGCAGGAACCGGGCCACGGGCGCCCUCAGUGGUAUCCGUGACCUACUGCAUCCGAUUCGGCUAGCGCGCGCCAUCAUGGAUCACUCGGGACACAACUUUCUCGUGGGCGAAGGGUUGAAGGCAUUCGCGACCGAGCGUGGCUUCACCUUUCUCGAACCACCGGGCCAGCUGGUGACGCAGUACGCCAAGGAGGCGCUCGAAGCGUGGAAGGCAUCGGACCGUAGUGAACGACUCGGAGAGGGCGGUACAGUCGGGGCCGUUGCGAUGGAUGUGUACGGUAACAUCGCGGCCGCUACGUCAACGGGGGGAACCACCGGUAAGCGGGUUGGUCGGGUCGGUGAUACACCGAUCAUCGGUUCCGGUACGUUCGCCGAUAAUCGCCUCGGUGGCCUUUCGGUAACGGGCGAUGGUGACAUCAUUAUGAAGGUUUGUCUGGCGUACGAUGUGCUCCGGACGGCGCAACUCACGGGCAGUCCGGUGCAGCAAACGGCCGAUCAGUUACUGGAAGAGAUGGGCACGUCGUUCGGUGGCACGGGAGGACUGGUUGGUGUUGAUACUGCCGGGGAACCCGUGGUGGCCCACAAUUCCGUGCACAUGUCCUGGGCAUACCAGCGUGGCAGCACCAUUGCCUACGGAGCGAAUAAGGAGGAUUUUAACAUUCUACCACCACCGACUGUUACCGGGCAACAGGUACAUGCUGACUUCUGAAACGGGCGUUGAUUACAACAUUCCAUUCCGUGUGAAGGAUUAUUGUUAUGAUAACGCAAGCGAUGUGAUAAGAUGAAAGUGCUUCCACCUGUAUUUGAGUAUUGAAUUCUGCUGAAAUGGUAUGCAAUAGAUGUGUCAGCGAGUCGCCAUAGCAA